AUGCUUGAUCUUGUUGUAGCAUCCGAUGAAUUACUUAUUGAUUUAAGACCAAACCAAACUAGAAGAUUGUCUCAAAAUUUUUCUCAAUUGCUUGAUGAUGCGGAUGAUUAUGAUGUUAUCAUCAGGGUUGGAGAAAAUCAAGAGAUUAAAGAAUUUUAUGAUAUACUUGAUCUUAUUAUCGCAUCCGAUGAAUUGCUUCUUAAUGAACUGGUCACAUCUGUACAAGAAUAUUUGAUUAAAAAUCAAACUGGAUGGUUACAACAAAACAUUGUUAAGGUUCUUCACAUGGCUUUUCAACUAGAAAGCUGUCAACAACUACAAAAUUAUUGUUUAGAAUCUAUUUGUGACCAUCCUGAACCUUUAUUUAAUUCGCCAGAUUUUCCAACAUUGAAACAAAGUAUCCUGCUUGGUAUAGUUAAAAGAGAAAAUUUAAAAAUCGAAGAAGUUGAAUUAUGGAAUUAUCUUAUUGAAUGGGGGAUAGCUCAAGCUUCGGAAUUGAAAGAAAAGGAUUUGAAUAAUUUAAGUAGUUGGAGUGAAAAUGAUUUUCUGACUCUAAGUAGAAAUUUGAAUCAUUUUAUCGCAUAUAUUAGAUUCUUUGACAUUGCUUCAAAAGAUUUUCAUAGUAAUGUUCGGGCUUUUAGGAAGUUGCUACCUCAAACUCUCUUUGAAGAUAUCGUGUCGUUUCAUAUGUCAAAUACUGAACCCAAACUAAAUAAAUUGGAUCCUCGUUCAAAAAAAGUUCCUAUUGAUUCAAUGAUAAUUAAACCAAAACAUGCGGCUACUCUUAUUAACUGGAUUCAAAGAAAAGAUGCUAAUGCAAGAAUUCCAAUUAAUAAUAAAUAUAAAUUUAACCUUAUUUAUCGUGGAAGUAUGGAUGGCUUUGGUACCAAUGAUAUACGAAGUAAGUGUGAUGGACAUGAAGCAUGCAUUUUAGUUAUAAAAGUUAAAGAAAAUGAUACAAUAAUUGGUGGUUAUAAUCCUAUUGGCUGGAAUUAUAAUAGCAAUACUUUUUUUGUUAAAGGAAGGAAAACAUCACGUAAAGGACAUAGACUUGAUAGAGCCUUUAGUAUUAACAGUAUAAUUGAAGAUUAUUGGGUCAAUACUACCGAAAGUUUCAUUUACUCUUUAGGUGAUGGAAACGAUUUGAAUAAUUUUAAAAUUAGUCGAGUCAUCAAUAAUAAUUAUGCAAUUUAUGAAUCGUAUCAUCAACAUAUACCAAUAAAUUUUGGUUAUAGUGAUUUGGUUAUCAAUGGAAAUGUUGCUGGCACAUGCAAAAAAGCUUAUUAUGAGAGUUGCAUUUUAGAUACCUGUCAUUUUACUAUCGAAGAAAUGGAAGUUUUUGUGUUUCAAGAUGGUGAUGAUGAAUAA